AUGAAAAACGCCCUCCUCGUCGCUUUGGGCUGCGUAUGCUCGGUGGGAGUGUCCUGGCCUCAACCACUCCCUAACGUCCUACAACUCGCCCCGGCCCAGCCAACAAAUACCCUCCCACCGUCUCUCGCUCCUCGCGACAACAACGAUAGCUUCAACACCUACGCCCAUUGGAUCCACGCGCGAGCCGAUACCACCACCGAAGCAACAACAGCCGCAACAACAGCCGCAACAACAGCCGCAACAACAGCCGCGACAACAGACACCUCCCAAACCACUACUGAAUCCACGACCACAGACGCGACCACAACCUCCGCCUCAACCACCACAACCACCUCAGAAACCUCCACCACGAGCACCAGUUCCUCAACAUCGACUAGCUCCUCCACAUCCACAACCACAACUAGCACCUCGACCACCUCCACCGCAAGCACCACUACAUCCACCGCAAGCACCACAACAUCCACCGCGACCGCAACCAGCACCGCCAGCGCCGCCCUCGCCGAGCGCAACCGCAAAGGCAAGAUCGCCGCCAUCAUCACCUUCACCCUCCUGGGCAGCCUCUUCAUCGGCAUCUGCAUCGUCUCGCGCGUGCGCAAGGUCCUCGCCAAGAAGCGCAAAGCCGCCGCCGCCGCCGGCGCAAUGCCCCAGAAACGGCCCGGCUCGACCUACACCAUGGUCCCGUUGACGGAUGACGCCGGUCAGCCGACGAGCGAGCCGCGCUUCGAUCGCGAGUCGAUCAUGUUUGCUAGCGAUUCGCAGCCGGAUCUCAGGGCGUAUGGUAGCCCGCGGGGGUCGGCGUCUUUUGAUCCUAAUGCUGUGGGUGGGUCAAUGCAUGGGUCGCAGCGUUCGGAGGGGGGGCAUUCAGUGUCGGGGCAGCAGACGAUUAUGCCGGCGAGGGUGGUAUAG